AUGGCGGUUCUUCAUCCCGAGUCGACACUCGGGCAGUGCAUCCCUCCGUUUACCAAGUAUGGCAUCACCACUUAUUUGCCAACGUGGGAGGCGGCGUUGAGGCUCCGGGAUGGGGAUCCGGCCAUCGCGUCUAAGCUUCAGAAUAUCUAUCCUAGACUCAUGCCCUUUGGGGAUACCCGCGUGCUCAUCGACACGCUGGGCAACAAACUGGGUAUUCCCGACGGCUCAGCAGGCUACGCCUUCACCUCCCCCCAAAUGCUCGCUCUCACAAGAAAAUACGGCCUCUCAGAGAAGCGCGACGAGUACCGCCUCCUCCCAGAGGAUCUCAUCUUCAAAUGCGUCGAGAUCGACGGCAUCCGCCUCUUCCUAGUGUACUUCCCCCGCGUGAAAGUCAAGGGAGUCUCCGAUGCCUGGCAGGAGCCCGGGAUUGGUCUCCCCAUGCGUCUCGCGGAGAGCCUCCUCCCGCACGUUGACUCCGCCUCGGAGAUUGAAUGUAACUGGGAGAAUCCGCCUGCGCCAAGUUAUGUUCCCGAGGGUCCCUCACAUGAGCGUCUUAGAGAGAGGAUCUGCGGGCUUCUUCACCGCGCGGCGAUCGAUCCGGAGAAGAUCAAGGUUACGUCGAGGGAUGUAUACCUGUACCCGACGGGGAUGGCAGCGAUCUACUAUCUCGACCGGCUAGCGGCUAGAUACCGCCCCGGAAGCGUCGUUGUCCUAGGGUCCGUCUUCCACAAUACCUUCCACCUCCUCAGAAAUCGGGCCGGCCCCUCCGAGUUCAAGCACUUCCCGCACGUUGACACCUCGGGCCUCGACUCCUUCGAAACCUGGCUCCGAGAAGAGACGGACGCCGGCCGGGAUGUAAGCUACGCAAUUGUCGAAUUCCCCAGCAACCCCAUCCUCGUCAGCGCCGACCUCCACCGCUUACAUGCGCUGUCGCGCAAAUACAACUUUAUCCUCGCCGUGGACGACACCAUCGGCAGCUUCGCGAAUGUCGACGUCCUGCCCACUUGCGACGUCCUCGUUACGUCCAUCACCAAGACUUUCAGCGGCUACGCUGACGUGAUGGGUGGUUCGACGGUUCUCAACCCUCUCUCGCCUCACUACAGCGGUGAUGGUGGUCUCCGAGCCCUCUAUGACGCCGAAUUCCACAACGAAGUCUUCACGGGCGACGUGGACACAUUACUCGCCAACAGCGAAGACUACCUCUCCCGCUCCGCCAAACUCGGCCAAAACGCCACCCUCCUCGCCGCACACCUCCAAACGGCAUCCCUCUCACCCUCCUCCCCAAUCCUAAGGGUCCACCACCCUUCCGUCGUCCCUAGCGGAGGAAACUACACGAGUCUCUACCGCCGCCCGACCCCCGAAUACCCCUCCCCAACAUACCCCUGCCUCCUCUCCGUAGACUUCGCCUCCCUCGAGGCCACCAGGGCCUUUUACGACGCAUUGGCGUUCUAUCCGGGGCCGCAUCUUGGCGCCCACAAGUCGCUUUCGCUGUGCUAUGGCGCUUUGCUCUUCGGUAAGGAUGAGGAGGAGAAGAGGUAUCAGGCUGGGUUUGGCGUUUUUCAGGAGGCUGUGAGGAUAUCGGUUGGAUUGGAGGAGUGGGAGGAUUUGAGGGACACCGUGGAUGUUGCUAUUAAGGCUGCUGCUGAGGUGGGAGGCAGGACGGGAGUGUAG